CCCCACCGGGCGGCACCUCCCCCCCCCUGCCCGCGGCCCUGCUCCCUGCGCCUGUGGGAGGGGGCCAGACCCCACGCCUGGCGGCCCAGACUCCACCCCAGGGUGGGGGGCAGCUGCACGCGGGCGUACGGGGAGACCCCGGGCAGUGGUCCCGCGCUCUCCCCAUCGCCCAGCACCCCCCACCCACAGGGCAAGGAGGCACCCGCCGGCUCCAGCCCCGACACCUGGGCCGACCCGGCACCCGAGGGUGGGCCUAUGCCCUGUGGCAGCCCAGACCAAGCACCCAAGGGUGCUACUGCACCCUGCAGCAACCCUGACACCCAGGCGUACAGAGACCCAGCACCUAAGGGUGAUCAUACGCCCUGUGCCAGUCCUGCCGCUCGAGAGCACCCAGCACCCAAGGGUGAUCGAACGUCCACCAACGGCCCUGACAUACGGGCGUACGGAGACCCAGCACCCAAGGGUGCUACUACACCCUGCAGCAACCCUGAUACCUGGACAUACAGAGAUCCAGCACCCAAGGGUGAUCAUACGCCUUGUAGCAGCCGAGACCACGCACCAAAGGGUGAUCAUACACCCUGUGGUAGUCGUGACACUCAAGAGCACCCAGCACCCAAGGGUGCUGCUACACCCUGCAGCAACCCUGCCACCCGGACAUACAGAGACCCAGCACCCAAGGGUGACUCGCCACCCUGCAGCAGCCCAUUGCUCAGCCCCUGCCACCCAGAGGGCAAGAGGUUCGUGACCCCUGAACCAGAGCCUUCUCCCGACCCCAGGGUACAACUUCCAGGGUCACCCACUGGGCACCAAGCACCCAGUGCCCAGCGGGGGGGUGUGGGUGCCCAGCGGGCAGGCGGGAGGCUCAGCUACUCCACCUCGCUCAGCCUGCAGAUCGACGGGCGCACUGCCACCAUUAGCAGGGCACAGGUCAGCCUGACCCAGAGCUUCCUGCCCUCCCCCGCCUGCUCUCCCAGCCCCCGUAGGGUGACCGGUAGCGCCCAGCUGCCCGCCACGUGAGCCCAGCCUCACCCGCCACUGCCCCGGGCACCCAAGGGUGCUCUGCCACCUCCCUCUGCCUGGAGGUACUGACACCGUCUCGCCCAGACUCACCCAGCGUCUGCCUCGGGCACCCAAGGGUGCUGACACCUGCCUCCACCUGGGCACUUGAGGGCGCUCCGCCAGGCCUCGCCCACGUCUGCCUCGGGCACCCAAGGGUGCUGCUCACCCACCUCUGCCCCAGGCACCCAAGGUUGCCACCCAUCACGUGAGCCCAGGCUCACCCGCCACUGCCCCGGGCACCCAUGGGUGCUGAUACCCGCCUAUGCCCGGCCUUGCCCGUCUCCGCCACGGGCGCUAGUGGAUGCUGACACCCUCCUCCACCCUGACUUGCCCAUGUCCGCACAAGCACCCAAGGGUGCUGACAUUCACCUCUGCCCCGGGCACCCAAGGGAACAGCACGACCGCCUCUUCCCGUGGGCACCCUAGGGUGCUGCCCACCACGUGAGCCUGGCUCGCCCGCCGCUGCCCCGGGCACCUAUGGGUGCUGAUACCCACUUCCAUGGGCACCCAAGGGUGCUGCCACCAAUCACCAGCCCACCCUCUCUCUCUCUCUCCUCGCUCUCCCUCUCUCCCAUACCAGAAGGAGUAGUCCAGUCUGGAGGCGAGUGUCCGAGAAGAGCGAUCCGGUCUGGAGGGAUAGUCCGGAAUCCAGGACUGGCCUCAACAAGAGGAGGCGCAAUGGACGGAACAGGGAACGACCUCACAUACCACAGAGUCAAAGACUCAGAGUCCGUGUUUUUAAUAUUUUUGUUAAUCGCGACGUGCCACCUAUAAUGUCUAUUAUUUUUUAUGAUAAAACACUCAAAAAAGACGGGACAGAUUUUUGUAAAUAUCACAGCAUGAUUGUGUUUAUCUGCAUUGCCUAUUUGAACUGCGUCUAACUCCCAAUUUGUAUUCAACUCUUUCAAUUAAAGCCUGUUCCGAUCACA